CGAGAGGAACCUAAUCCACACAUACAUUCAUCAUGCGUUGUAUGGUAUUCUUGUGCCUCUUGGCUGUGGCCCUCGCCCUUCCUGUAGCAGAACCCGAGGCGGAUCCUCAGUUCCUCCUUCCUCACUCCCUGAACUACUUCAACCCCUUCGUCCACUCCAUCAACGCCGGCGAUUCCCACCUCUAUUCCUACCCAUAUGGGCAUCACCUCGCAUACGGCCACAGAUACCCACUCGCUUAUGGUCAUGGGUAUCCCCUCACCCACGGCUAUGGAGCAGCCUAUCCCCUGGGAUACCCUUACUCGUACCCAGUUGUUAAGAAGGCCGCUACCGAGGAAUAGACACCUGGAAUCGGAGGAUUCUUAGGGAAAGACUGAAUUGA